AGUUGUAUUUCACACACAGCACAGGCCGUCCGGAGCGCGCGGGGCUAGCUGUCGAUCGAUCGGCCCUUGCGUAAAAAUUCGCUUCGGAAUUCUACUAAUUUGGCGGCGUAGGGAAGAUCUGGCCGCCAUGGAGCAGCACAGUGAGGUGGUCUUCUCCCUGACGGCUGAGGAGACAAAACAACUGAAAGAUGGAGUUAACCUCGUCAACCGAUCUGAGAAGGAGAGGCUCAUCAUCUUCAAGGACCCCACGGCAGAGAACACAGAGGAGGAGCCAGCCACAGCCCACAUGUACAAGGCGUGCCUGAACAGGUGUAAACACCAAGGGGGAACGUUUAUCAAGGAUAUUGAGGAUGGGGACAAUUGUGUUUUACGCUGCACCAAGCAUGGAUGGAAGUUGGACGCCAAGACGAUGCGAUACGUGAACCCACCUGACAGCUUCAGCCAGGAACAGCUAGUUCCUGAGUUGAAUGAUGAUGGCAGCCUGAGCAUAGUAGAAUUGAAGCCACCCCAGCCAUGGGAGACGGACAAGAGACCGCCUGCGCCGCUCCGAGUAGGAGAAGUCCAGAUCACUUAUUUCACGCACGCGUGCAUUGAGAUGAAAUUGGGAGGCGUGACCAUGUUCACAGAUCCGUGGUUGACGGGUCCCGCCUUCGCACGCGGUUGGUGGCUGAUGCACGAGCCGCCAUCUGAUUGGCUGGAUAGGCUGUCCAAAGCUGACCUCAUUUACAUAAGUCAUCUUCACUCGGACCACUUAAAUUACCCUACACUUGAGUUACUAUCCGAGCGGAACCCUGACAUUCCCAUUUAUGUCGGUGAUACCUCCAUGCCGGUCUUCGUCAGGUUAAAACAAAGCGGGGUCAAGCUAAACAACAUCAACAUUCAGAAAUUUGGCAGAUGGAUAGAGAUAAAUAAAGACACAAGGUUCAUGAUACUGAUGGACGGUGUGCACCCUGACAUGGACACCUGUCUAUUAGUGGACUAUAAAGGUCACCUGAUAUUGAAUACAGUGGAUUGUACCAAUCCUAACGGGGGUAGACUUCCCACGGGAGUGGACCUGAUGUUGAGUGACUUUGCCGGAGGGGCGUCGGGCUUCCCUAUGACAUUCUCAGGUGGAAAGUACACGGAGGAAUGGAAGGCUCAGUUUGUCAAGCGUGAGCGUCGUAAGCUGCUGUACUACAAGAUGCAGCUAGUCAGGGACGUAUCACCUGUCAUCUAUUGUCCUUUCGCCGGUUACUUUGUUGAGGCUCACCCCUCUGAUCAUUAUAUCAAAUCCACAAAUAUUAAGAACGACCCGGACACCCUCAACAGGCUAAUCAAGAAGUAUUCCCCACACAUCAAGACCUGGAGCCCCAGUCCAGGGGCUGUGCUGGAUCUACAGAAGGCCAUUCAGGGAGACAGUGACUAUAUACAGGACCCUCCUGCAGGCACAAAGAAAUACAAAGACAGCUGGAACUUUGAGAAAUAUAUCAAUGAGAUCAACAGGAAUAUAGAAGAGGAGAUUUUUGCCUACCCGGAGUGGAUUGAGUUCUACUACAGAUGGACAGGCUUCAAGAACUACAACCUAGUCAUCAGAAUGAUUGAGCGAGGUGAAGAUUUUCAGCCCAUUCCAGGAAGCUAUGACUUCAUGGUAGACUUUGUUGGAGAGGAACCAGCUUUCCCAACGGAGCGACCAACCAGAGAUCAUAGCUACAUCGAGAUGGAGAAUCGUAUUUGUGUGCAUCGGGAAACAGUGAAGAAAGGUCUAUUUUGGGACAACCUGUACAUUGGGUUCUGCAAUCGCAUCUCACGAGAACCGGACACAUUCCACUACCUGUUCUGGAACCACAUGCAGAUUCAUCUGCCAAAGACGGAACCAGACUGGGACGGCUUCCUGAAAGACAUGAAGACAAAAGGGGCGCCUAGAAAGGAUAUAUGGAAACCCAGUCUAGAAUCUACCUCUACUAAUCACCACAUUCAGGGUAACGGCAUUACAGGGAACGGCACCCAUCUUAGUUCCAACGGUCUUGGGAACCACGCCUCUACCUGGGACCUGCCCCCCGCACCCAAUGGCAACGGGAUGGUCAAGCACUGGCUAGGGCCACUGAUGAUAGGCGUGGCUGCGCUGGGUGUGGGCGUGGCUCUGUGGAAAACAAAGGCCGAUUAGUCUGGUUCGUCUGCCGAAUGACCUUCCCCAUCUUUGUUGAAAGUCUUCUUCCUUCAUCAACAUUACAUUGCUCAACAGCACGUUUAAGGAGCGUAAGUUGAUCAGACGUUAACAUAAACCAUGAACAGGGUACUGUAUCGUACUUCCAAUGAACAAACAUGUACAUAAAAACUACUCCAUAUAGCUGAAUUAUAUAUCCGUCUGAAAUGUUCAGAACUGUUUUUUUUUUUACACAAUCCACAAAGAGGCUUCACAGAAAUAUUUUAUUUAUGUCUACAAAGUGUGCUAUUAUUUAGACCGUUGCAUGUGUGCUAUUAUGUAUAGUUUUUUUUAUAUAGUUCUAUGUAUAAGUGCUUAUUUAUCAUUGUCCUGUAAAAAUUGAUUGUGAUAUCUUAAAGUGACCCAUGUUUAUUGAGGGAUAAGGAAGUGACAGAUUUUAAAGAAUUUUUGUUUUUCAUUGAAUGUUUUGUUUGGAAAAACAUGUCCUAAAAUAAAACAUUGGUGCUUUCAUCAAAAUUGGAAAAGUAAGUAGUUCCUGACUGAGUUUCCUUGUUGUUCCAAAAGACAACUUAAGAAAUUGAAAACUAAUCAUCAAAGCUACUUCCUUUAAUUCUAAAUGAAAAUAUAAUUUUGUUAUUGAUGUCCUUUAAUUCUAAUUUUUUUUGUAAUACCAGUAUUUCAUAUUUUUUAAACCGGAGUUUUUAAAGUCCUUUUUUUUUCUAGGAGAAACCAAAUAUGUGCUUAAGACUUCCACUUAAUUGUAUGAAACAUUCUGUAUCAACCUAGAAAUAUUCACCAGAUUUCUUUUUUUCCAAAGAAAGUUUUAAUUCUAUUAAGUGGAAACUUCCCUUGAUUUGAAAUUUGGGUCCGCACUAAAAUCAAUUUUUACUGGACAAUAUAUUUUACACCAAAGUGUAUUUAUGUUAGAAAUUAAAUCUGCUUCAUCCUGCCAGUAUACAUGUACUCUGUUUUAAUUAUUUUUUAUCUGUAGUGUCUGUACAAAAGUCCGAGUGUACAAAAUGUAUAUGUACCGUAGUUUUGCAUUUAUGCAUGUUCUGUAUUUAUUUAAAGUUCUGCAAGCUGAAGGGUAGCUCGAUAUAGUCAAACCAAAGAUUUUAUUUGCUAAUACUGUCUAUGACAAUAACAUUUAAAAAAAGUAUUCACAGACUUAUACACAGUUGUACAUGGAUAUUGUACUUGGUUAAAUUGGUUAUAUGAUAACUUUUACAUAAGUUUGGGUGAUGGACGGCAGUGAUCCGGUUGCGUAUAACAACAUCAUUGACUUGAUUUGAUAGCCAGUAUUUGUAUUAUAUUGGAGGAAUUUUACACGAAUACUUGAUCAUUUUUCAGGGUUUUUAAAGUUUCAAUUUAUUUACUAACUUGACCAAAGAUGGGUUGUUGUAGAUAUGACGAGAUGGCUGAUGAGGAAUGUGUGGGUUUUGUUGUUGUUGUUUUUAUUUUGUUGUUUUGUUUUUUUAUUUUUGGCGGGGGGGGGGGGGGGGGGGGCGAGGGUUGAUAUUUGGUUUGACUUAAAAAUCUCCUUUCUUGAGAAAAUUUUCUUAGAUUAUGAAAUACAGACUCGCAAACGUGAGCUUCGUCGGUCAACAGUUUCGCCUAUUUGGUUCAGGCAACUAGAGAUGUCGAAGCAGGACAGUUGAAUUCUCUUGUGAAAUUGUGUUUUUCAAAUAUUCACCAAACUUUUUGAGCAAAUGCAAUAGUUUUUUGCACCAAUUAUUACACAGAACUACGUGAAAUAAAUUAGAGGAAUAUAUUUUGCUAUUUCUCCCUGUCUCACUUUUAACUACAUGAAAUAGUUUUUGCGUAUCACUGCAGCACAUAGUAUGCAACGAAUCUGGUUGGAAACAACAAAACUAUUGUAUAGAGAGCUUUGUAUAUUUCUAUACCUGCAUACGUAAACGCAGAAAACAUGUAGAAAUGUUGAUGUUGAAAACCUUGUUAUAAAUACUGAGAAGCUACACGUUCUAGGUUUUGCAAUUGCAAAAACUUACAUGUUAAUAUACAUGUAUGUACAGUUUGUGGCUUUGCACAAGGUAUGCAUUUUUUACCAUUGUGUCAAAUGAAAAAUUUUAAAGCUCAGACCAAAAUACUACAGAGAUGUGGACAAUUUUUUUAUGUGGAGACAAACAUGCUGAUGUUGUUGGUUUUUUUUUUUUUAAGAAAAUGGAUAUAUAUAUAAGGUAUAUUUAAUGGCAUGUGUGCUGUGGUAGAUAGUGUGUGUGUGUGUGCUUUGUGCCAACGAUUGGACUUCAACAGUAUUUUAACCAGUCUUUUUACUUCCUUUUGCCGUCCAAAUAUUAGUAGUUUUUUUUUUAUUUUAAAAUGCAAAUGGUUUUAUGUCACAAUUUUACCACCGAAAGUAAAGUGUUUUUGUUUUUUUAUCACAUGGCUGAUGCACGAUUGAUAUUGCUGUAGAAAUAUAUAUUUACGAGUGUUAUUGUUUAUUAUUGAAAACUUGUAUUGAAUUGUAUUGGAAAAGAGAAUAUGUAAUCUGUUUUUAAUAGUUUGGAAAGUUGUUGGAGAUGUUGUUGAUGGUUUCAGAGAAUUUAAAUUGGACUUUUUUUCA